AGCAAUAUGAUAGUCCAACAGGUUAAAGCAUUCACUCUAAGUCAAACUUGGCUUUACAGUCUAACAGGCUUAGAAAAUAUUGUCACUCUACUGUAUUGUAGCAGAGAAACCACCCAUUUAAUUUACCAGUACAUUCGAACAUGACAAUAACCAAAACCCCACAGAAUAUCUAGGCUCGUGUUACCAUGUUGAAAAUCGUCUGUUCAUUAACUUAGAAGAGAACAGAUGGUUCAAAUGCAUGAACUUACUUAAGUGCUACGCCCUGAUGGUGUCUGAUUUUAGUAGGUUUCGUUUUUGCAUAGUGCCACAACAUUUCCAGCUGACGGGAUUCACAUACGAAGAACCUGACAUCCUCCCUGAAGCAUUUCUGACCUCAGGCCUGGCGGAUCAGAAAGCCCGACCUGAGUAAUAUGUUAUUACGAGCUGUCAAAUCUGCAUUCAGCUCUGCCAAGCCACCCUCCAAGUCACUGAUGUAAACUACACCAGCAAAUGUUACCGUACCUGUUGUCCUGUCAACGUUAUCACAAGCUCAUCCGCAUUUAGGUAGCUAACACUAUAGCAUUAGAAGAGCUGAGCUUUCUCUUGCUAAAACUGGGAAAAACGUUUUAUAAAAAUCGAAGACACAGCAUGGCUCCAAAAAAGAGAGGAGCAAGGAAGAGGAAAACAGAGGAUGAUUUGGGAGGAGAAAAGGAGGCAGAGGCUACUGAAGAGAAGGAGACUGAGGAGAGAGGAGGCCUGCGGAGAAAGGACCGUGGGAAUAAGAAAUACAUUGGAGCUCAUGUUGGCAUUCAAGGUGGGAUAUGGAAAGCAGUGGAGUCCUGCACAGAGAUGGGUGGCAGCAGCUUCGCCCUGUUUCUGGGCUCCCAGCGCUCAUGGAAGAGGCCCGCACUGGACCAGAAAGCUGCAGCAAAGUUUCAGGAGCAGUGUUCCAUACAGGGGUACAACCCUGCUCACAUCCUGCCUCAUGGGUCCUACCUGAUGAACUGUGGAUCUCCUAAAGAAGAUGUGUUUGAGAAGAGCCAGGCCCUGCUGGUGGAUGAGCUCAGCCGCUGUAGCCUCCUGGGCCUCAAUCUUUACAACUUCCACCCUGGCUCCUCCCUGGGCUCCAUCACCGCAGAAGAGUGUGUGGAGAAGAUAGCAGGAGCUAUUAACCACGCUCACCAGCAAACACCUGCUGUGGUCACAGUGUUGGAGAACAUGAGCGGACAGGGCAGUACAAUAGGCGGUAAGUUCUCUGAGCUGAAGAGCAUCAUAGACAAAGUGAGAGACCAGACCAGAGUUGGAGUGUGUCUGGACACCUGCCACGCCUUCGCAGCAGGAUAUGACGUGGCUGCAGAGGGAGGAGUGAAGGCCAUGCUUGAUCAGUUUGAUCAGGAAGUGGGGCUCCACUAUCUUAAAGCUAUCCAUCUCAAUGACUCCAAAGGUCAACUAGGCUGCAACCUCGAUCGCCACGAAGACAUCGGUAAAGGUCACAUCGGAAUCUCUGCUUUCCGAGAUAUUGUCAAUGAGCCCAGACUGGACAACAUCCCUCUGAUACUGGAGACACCUGGACGGCCAGGAUUUGAGUAUGCUGAGCAGAUUGAACUUCUCUACUCCCUAUGUGAGAAAAAAUAGUAAGCACCAUUACUGUUGAAUUGGCUUUGCUAAACUGAGCCCUGCAAGGCCACAUGUCUGUUAAGAGAAUUUUGUUUGUCAAGGACCAAAGUGGAUGGGUGGGGAAGCCCGUUCUCUUAAAACCCACUCACAAUUUGUCUGUUUGUUAAUUUUCAUGUGAACAGUUCUGAACACGAGUUAAAUAAAUGUGUU